AUGACGACGUAUUUUAAACUAGUUAAGGGUGCAACCAAGAUAAAAUUAGCACCACCAAAGCAAAAAUAUAUUGAUCCCAUCCUAUUAGGUACAGCAAAUCCCAGUGAAUUUAAUGAGAUUGUCAGAGCUUUGGGGACAAGAAUAUCCGAUACUGCAUGGACCAUCGUUUAUAAGUCAGUCAUUGUCGUGCAUUUGUUAAUUAGAGAAGGUGAUAGGAAUGUGGCAUUGGAUUAUUUCGCUGAUGACUUGGAAUUCUUUAAUUUGACUAGAAAAAACAUCAAUUCAGGAAAUGCAUCUUCAAAUGAGGUUAGAGCUUUAGAAAGGUAUAAUAACUAUUUGAAAGUUAGAUGCCAAGAAUAUGGUAAGAUUCGAAAGGAUUAUGUGCAAGAAGGUUAUUCUUCUCUAAAAUUGAAUAAUGCCAGAGAUACUAGAGCCAUAAAUAGAGCUAUGGAUCAUGUAGAUUCUUUGGAAACUCAAAUUGCAGCUUUGUUGAAGAAUAAAUAUACUCAAUUCGAUCUUAACAAUGAAUUAAUACUUUAUGGUUUCAAACUUUUAGUCCAGGAUUUAUUAGCCUUAUACAACGCAUUAAAUGAGGGUGUUAUCACAUUAUUGGAAACAUUCUUUGAGUUAUCUCAUUCUAAUGCAAGCAGAACCCUAGAUCUUUAUAAGAGAUUUGUCGAUCUGACUGAACAUGUUGUGAAAUAUUUAAAAGCUGGGAAAUCAGUAGGUAUGAAGAUUCCGGUUAUCAAACAUAUAACUACUAAACUUAUUAGAUCUUUGGAGGAACAUUUAUUGGAAGAUGAAAGAACUCAUAAUACUUUUAGCCAAAGUAGUAGCGUACUCGAUGGAAAAAGUAAUACCAAAGCUAGCACCAAUCUAUCAGUUAAUACAGGAAAUUCUGCAGCUCAGACAAGAUUAGAACAAAUUAGGGAACAAAAGAGAAUCUUACAACAACAAUUACAAACUGAACAGGUUGUCGUUUCACCAACUUCUCCUCAAGAUGCUGUAUACAACCCAUUCACAACAAAUAUCAUCGAUUCCAUUACAAUGAACCAAACGCAAGUAGGGGCACAGAAUGUCACACAACCACAACAAAUGGUUGUCCAAGCUACUAGUAACCCAUUUAUUAAUGCUAAUGCACAAUCUGUACCAAAUCAAGCAUAUGGAACAACUAUGGCACCACCACCUAUGCAGCAGAAUCCACAAAUACAGCAACAGCAACCAAUUACCCCAGCUUCAAUGGCUUGGGAUUCGCAAUUCCAACCACCUCAACCUCAACCUCAAAAUUUGGGCCACUUUCCAACUGGGACUUCAAAUUUGCAACAAUUUGCAACUACACCUGCUUUCCCCAGUAACCAAACAGGUCAACCACCACAACAACAACAACCAUCAUAUGGUACCAACUAUACGGGUAAUAAUAAUGCACAUCCAUUAAUGAAUAAUACUAAUGAAAAUGUUGCCCCACAACCAACGGGUUCAAAUAAUCCAUUUUCUUUAAAUAAUAUUACAAAGGAAUCACAACAACGUGAACAAAUAAACCCAUUUUCCGUUUCAAAUUUUGCAUCAACAGAAAAGGAAAUGGUUCACCCACAAAUGCCACAAGUUCAACAACAACAACAACAACAACAACAACAACAACAACAACAUACUGCACAAUCAUUCAAUCCAUUCCAAUUACCACAACAAGCACAGCAACCAUCGCAAGGGAAUACUUUCUCAAAUAAUCCUAUGCAACAGUAUCAAGCUCAACAACCCAUACAGCAACAUGUGCAAACACCACAAUUGCAACAUUUUGAAACGGCACCCUUACAAAACCAACAGCAAAGUGGGUACAUGAAUUCAAAUUCCAAUAGCAUUCCACCAACCAUACCCUCAAACAACAUGAUGCAACCACAGCAAUUACAACCAAUACAGCAACCACAAAAUCAACCAUAUAACCCCUUCCCACAGCAACCACAACCACAACAGGUACAACAAUUACAAGGCCAGUAUCAAUAUAAUAUUAACAACCAGGGUCCAAAUUUGAUUGAUAUUUAA